AGCUUGUUCUUUUGCCUCAUAGUCUUGAUAUUUUUGAUCUAUAUUAUUUCUUAGGAGUUUACCAUACAUUCUGCUAACUGUACUGGUUACUGCAGUUUCUCUGUAAUUCUCGCAGAGAUCUUUGUUGCCUUUCUUGUGGAUAGCUGACAUAAUAGAGGUUUUCCAUUCACUUGAUAUCUGUGCACCAUUCAUGCAAUCAGCAAAUCAAGAUAAUAUGAAUAUGUUAUACAUGAUAAAUAUUAUAAAUCAGUAUCGAAUUUUCAGGUGUUCGACUGCUCUAAAUGCGAAUACUCUACAUAUUUCAAGGAAUCACUGGACGAGCAUACAUUCAAAACACAUAUACAACCGAAUCAACAAUAUAGGCAGAUACAAUCAAAGAGGAAUGUAACGUUUAAAUGCGAAUUGGGGGAUUUUGAAAGCACUGAUUUUUCACUUGUAGUGAAUCAUAAAUAUGAAGUGCAUGGUGUGAGAAGUUUUAAAUGUGCCAGAUGCGAAAUCGAAACAACUUCUAUGCUGGAGUAUAUAAUGCACAUCAAUAACUAUCCCACCCAUAUAAUUUCUCCCUUGGGUGAUCGAUCUAACCAAGACAAUACAACGAGACAAACAUUUUCGUCUGAUUUUGCUAACAUAGGAACCAUACGUAGGCAGACCCAGUCGAAAGAAAAUGUACUGUUCAAAUGCGAAUUAGGCGAUUUUGAAAGCACCGAUUUUUCACUUUUAGUGAAUCAUAAAUAUGAAGUGCAUGGUGUAAGGAACUUUCAAUGUACCAGAUGCCCAAUGAAAACAUCGUCUAUGCUGGAAUACAUAGCACAUAUGAAACUAUAUCCAACACAUAUGAAUUCUCCCUCAAUUGACCGACCAGGCCAAUGCAAUGCGGGAAAUAGAUCAACCAGGAAUAAUAAUGAGAGAAAACACAUACAACAAACACUCAACGGAAAAGGAAAACAACCAGUUGCUAAUAUAUCAGCUAUACAUAAUCAGAGUUAUACCUGCAUAGAGUGUACGUUUUCAACACCAGACAUGAGAACAUUUGUAGAUCACAAAUUUGAAACACAUAAACACCGAUGGUUCAAAUGUCCUAAAUGUCGUGUAUGCUCGUCAUCUACAGAUGCCAGCAUGGAACAUUUCCGGAAAAAUCCCAGUCACAUGAUACCAUAUGUGGAAGAAAAAACACCGGAUAAUCACUCUGAUAACCUGAUAAUUGGACCGAGACGAGAGAAACAACACCGAUAUAAGUCGGAUGAAAACUUGAUCAUCGAGGUAAAGAAAGAAGGCGACAAAGAAAAGAUUGUUAUAACACCCAAAUCUUAUUUUUUCAAGAAUAGAGAUAAAAGGGAAAUCAUAUUCUAUUGUGAGGUUUGUAAAUUCAAUGCAUCCACCUACAAGAAGGUCUUAUUGCACAGAAAAACAAUCCACAACUUGGAUAUGAAAUGCUCUGGGUGUUCUCACACAACAUCGACGAUAUGUGAAUUAAAGGAACAUAUAGUGCAAAAUUCCACUCAUAUGACUGAAUAUGUCUCAUGCAACCUUUGCAAUUUUGGGACCUACGAUCAACUGGUGUUAAUCAGCCAUAAGGAAAGUGAACAUUUUCGAAAUGUUCAAGCCGCAAGUGAGAGAUAAUCAGAGACAGUGAUAAUAUAGUUUGUGAGUUGAAAGUGUUAAGCCCCCGAAUCAUAACCAGGCAAUGACGUCAGGAACCAAAAGCAUCCAGAUACAGCCUAAUGCUGCUUGGCUGUUAGAAUUUUUUUCAGGUUUCUAAUAUCUUUAUGCUUCUUUAGUUCUUGGAACAAAAAGUACUCAAAGCUGUAACUAUCUUAUUUCGUUUUUGGAAUUUGCGAAACUUGUAGCCUGUCAUUCAUCGAGAAAGUGUAGUGUGAAUAAAAUCUACUGAACAAUC